UUUCUGAAAUAAUAAUAACUUUAAGUGUCCUAAAUAAUGGCAUACCAACUUUUUUAAUUUUCAUUGCGAAAACCCGAAAUAUUGAAAAAUCGGUGCUGUAUGUUGACUUUUUUCCUUGACUGUAUAAUAAAAUGGAAAUCAAAGUAAUAAGAGCACUAUUUUAAUCUCAACAGAGCUGGAAAAUACGAAAGAAACCCUCAUACAUAUGUAUGUAUGCUGUGCGCGUGUGUGAGUGUGGUGCAUUCAAGGCUGAUAAAACAACACAAAAAAACAGAGCAAGUGACUAACUAAAAGGCGACAAACACAAAACUACGCGCUAUUCAUUACGCACGGAGCAACAACAAUAAAAAACAUGGAAGCAGUUGCCAAACACGAUUUCUCUGCGACGGCCGACGAUGAGCUUAGUUUUCGCAAAACUCAAAUCCUAAAGAUACUAAACAUGGAGGACGAUUCAAAUUGGUAUCGUGCCGAAUUGGAUGGCAAAGAAGGUCUCAUACCCAGCAAUUACAUAGAAAUGAAAAAUCACGACUGGUACUAUGGACGCAUCACGCGCGCCGAUGCCGAGAAGCUGCUAUCGAACAAACAUGAAGGUGCCUUCUUGAUACGCAUCAGCGAAUCCAGUCCGGGCGAUUUCUCCCUUUCAGUCAAAUGUCCCGAUGGUGUGCAGCAUUUUAAAGUUCUGCGCGAUGCGCAAAGCAAGUUCUUCCUCUGGGUGGUAAAAUUCAACUCCCUCAACGAGCUGGUGGAAUACCAUCGGACGGCGAGCGUGUCACGAUCACAGGAGGUCAAAUUGCGAGAUAUGAUACCUGAAGAGAUGCUCGUGCAGGCGCUGUACGACUUUGUGCCACAGGAAUCGGGAGAAUUGGACUUCAGACGCGGCGAUGUCAUCACCGUCACAGACCGAUCCGACGAGAACUGGUGGAACGGCGAGAUUGGCAACAGGAAAGGAAUCUUCCCAGCCACUUAUGUGACGCCAUAUCAUUCAUAAUAAGAUAAAUAUCUAAAGGACACAUGCACCCUACUCCCCACAGAAACACAGAAGAAGCAAAAUCAACAACAACCACAACA